UCCAGCCGCCAUAUUGGGGUGCAGCGCACGGAUGGCCCAACCCGGAAACGAAAGAAAGGUCUAUGAUUGCGGCAAGAUUAUCGAGAUUCAAUGUUGAAAGCGCAUUGGAGGUUGUUCAUCUUUACCGUAGACAUACACGGAGGUUAGCGGAAAGCAGCCUCCUGGCCGCUCAAAGGUUCCCAGUUGCAUGUGACGGUCACUUGUUAGCCAGGCCAAGAGGAGUAGCAGCCUGUCCACACCGACACAGCCCAGUCCUAUUCUAUUCAACUACAGGCUCCAGUAUGAGUAGUAAGAAGCUGCUGGUGGAUGUGGACUGUGGGGUGGAUGAUGCUCAGGCUAUCAUGAUGGCACUGUCCACCCCUUAUGUAGAGGUCCUGGGCAUCACCUGUGUCCACGGCAACACCAAUGUGGAGAACGUGUGCAAGAACACGCUGCGGGUGCUCCAAGUCUGCAACAGACUGGAGAUCCCGGUAUUCCGUGGUGCUGCCAAGCCUAUCCUGGGGAAUGUGAUCAGUGCGGGAAACUUCCAUGGCCAGGACGGGCUGGGGGAUGCCCCAGACCCAAACGCUCCGGGGCUGGACAUGCUGCAGAUGGAAGGAGCGGUAUCUGCACUGAUCCGGAUAGUCAACGAAAACCCUGGAGAGGUAUCUCUGGUGGCCACAGCUCCCCUCACCAACCUAGCUCUGGCUGUAAGAAUGGAGCCAUCCUUCCCCAGCAAACUUAAAGGCCUUUACAUCAUGGGAGGCAACACAGAGUCCAGAGGAAACACCACAGUGUGUGCAGAGUUUAACUUCGCUGCCGACCCGGAAGCAGCUUACAUCGUACUGAAUGACUUCCUGUGUCCCACUUACAUAGCCAGCUGGGAGUUCACCUGCUACAGCAAGCUGCCCUGGUCGUGGUGUGAUGACUGGCUGGCCCAGGAGUCAGAGAAGGCUCGCUUCAUGGCCCGGAUCUUCCGCCACAGUAUGGAAGAGUCGAACAGCGAGCGCUUCCAGGCGGAGAUGGUUUACGGCAUGGGCUUUGUGUCAUGUGACUCCUACGCCAUGGCGGCAGCCAUCGACAACACCUUUGUCACCGAGAGCGACCACAUGGCGGUGAGCGUGGAGCUGACGGGCACACACACGCGUGGCAUGAUGAUCCUGGACACGCUGGGCAUGCUGAAGAAGACUCACAAGGCCUUCGUCAUGAAGAAGGUGAACAUGGUGAGGUUUGAGCAGAUGAUGAUGGACUCUCUGAAGUAAUCUCUAGGUCUGCUACAGCUAACCACUAGACUGUAGAAGUAAACUAACCACUACACGUGAGCAGAUGAUGAUGGAUGCUCUGAAGUAAUCUCUAGGUCUGCUACAGCUAACCACUAGACUGUAGAAGUAGACAAACAACUACAAGAACGCUCUAUGGGACCGUAACCAGGGAAAAGUGACAACACCAACCUCAUCCAGUCACCCCAAGACCGUGGACGUCAAGGCAGCCCUCAACACCUCUCUGAUUGAGGGGUUGGGUUAGAUGUGGAAGACACAUUUCGGUUAAAUGCAUUCAGUUGUGCAACUCUUUUCCCUUUUACUGUAUUGUCAGCUCACGCUGAUGUCAAGAAUCAUGCCUUGUCAUUUAGAUAAACAUUUUUAAAUAAAUUGAUUGAAUUACAACUCA